GUGGAUAGUGCGUACAAUUAAACGCAGCACCAAAACUUACGUUGCGUUUGAUUCCGCGGUAGGCCAUGUAACCAAACAUGACAUAACUCAGAAGCUGUUUCUUUCUCUUCUUUCUUAUACAACACACGAGAGUAGUGUGCGUCAGUGUGUUCGUUUCUCUCUCACUCUUCUUCCUUUGAUCGUCUCCCAACAAUAUCCAUGGUGUCCAAACUUACCGACUCUGCUUCCAAACCUCGAACUCAACCUGGAGACUCAACAAAUGAUGCUAUCGGAACUUUACCCUUCAAGAUAAACCAGUUGAAAAGGCAAAUCCAGGCGGAGAGAAUUGCAUACAUUAAAGAAAAAAUUCAGAGGAAUGAGAAGAAGCUACAUUGUCAUAUGUCAGGAGUCAUGUCAGCAAUAUCAACAAGGGGUUCUUCACGGACAGAGGAAAAUAGGAAAAUUCCAAUUCUUUCUUCAAGAAUGGACCAUCCUUUAUGUAAAUUCAGUGGUUUCUCUCCAGUCUCAGGAGACAAAGACCACAACAAUCAAGAUUUAUUAUCCGCUACAACUCCAAGUAUCAAAAUUCCAUACAUCGAAAGAUUACCACCAUAUACCUCUUGGAUAUUUCUGGACAGAAAUCAGAGGAUGGCUGAAGAUCAGUCAGUGGUUGGAAGAAGACGUAUCUACUAUGAUCAACAUGGAAGUGAAGCACUGAUAUGUAGUGACAGUGAGGAAGAGUUAACAGAACCUGAGGAAGAAAAACAUGAAUUUUCUGAGUCUGAAGAUCGAGUUCUAUGGAUGGCAUUUGAGGAAUAUGGGUUAAAAGAGGAGGUACUGAAUAUUGUUAGCGAAUUUGUUGGGGGCACCAGUUUAGAAAUUCAGGAGAGGUACAAAAGUAUCAAGGAAAAGAACAUUGGAAGGUUAGACCAGCCUUCAGAAAACUCAGGAGAACCUGAAUCUACUAUUGGCAUAUGUCCAGAGAAAAGCCUUAGUGCUGCAUUAGAUUCUUUUGAUAAUCUUUUUUGUCGCCGAUGCCUGCAGAUUUUUGACUGUCGUCUGCAUGGCUGUUCUCAACCUUUAAUAUAUCCUAGGGAAAAGCAGACAGUUUGGUCUGAUCCUGAAGGUGACAGGAAACCAUGCAGUGAUCAGUGUUACCUUCAGGUAAAGGUAGUCAAAUGUGUGUCCGAAGAUUCAACUUCUAGGUCUGAGCAGAAUAAAAGAUCUACAAUUAUGGAAGAGACAGAUGGGGUAUUGGCACCCUCCAAUAUAGAAGAACCUAGUAAUCAGAGUACAUUACCUUUUCCAACAGAUGUUGAUUGUCAUGGAUCUCUCAAUUUAAAUGUUCCUAUCUCAGUUAGUGUGGAAAAACGAAAAGCCACAGAUCAGUCAGACACUGCCUUCUGUGACCCAACACUCCCUCCUGAUGAUUCUCAGAAUUCCUGUAAAAAGCUGAAGACAAUCUCAGAUGAUGUAGUUACUGUAAAUAGUGAUUCUAGUAAGGACAUAAAUUUAGGUGCAUGUGAUGAAAGUCAACAUACAAUCACAUGUGCAGUUUUGGACAAAGCUGUUACACAUGAUUCAAAUAAAUUAAUAGAGUCUUCUAGCACUUGCCAUAGUGAUGAGCAGGACAAAAGUAUUGGGGAUGGACCAAAAGAUCCUAUAAAUAAGACAGAAUUUAAGAAGUUGUCCAAUUCAAUGGAAGUGAAAAAUGAUGGGAUGAUAAGUCUCUCAGAUUGGAAACCUCUGGAGAAAGAAUUAUACUUAAAGGGAGUAGAAAUGUUUGGCAGAAACAGUUGCCUCAUAGCAAGGAACUUACUUUCUGGCAUGAAGACUUGCAUGGAAAUAGCUAGUUACAUGCAUUCUGGAGGAGUGUCAAUGCCCCACGGAUCUAUUAUUGCAUCUAGUUCAAUCAUGGAAGACAAGGGAAAAUUUGAUGUAGAGUGCACAGACCAGGAGAUGCCAUCUAGAUCACGGUUGCUGAGGAAAAGGGGCAAAACAAGGAAGUUUAAAUAUUCUUGGAAGGCUGCUGGCCACCCAUCAAUAUGGAAAAGAAUUGCUGAUGGGAAAAACCAAUCUUGCAAGCAGUAUACACCAUGUGGAUGUCAGUCAAUGUGUGGAAAGGAAUGUAGUUGUGUUAAUGGUGGAACUUGCUGUGAAAAAUAUUGCGGUUGUUCAAAAAGCUGCAAAAAUCGAUUUAGAGGAUGUCAUUGUGCCAAGAGUCAGUGCAGAAGUCGACAAUGCCCAUGCUUUGCUGCAGGAAGGGAAUGUGACCCAGAUGUCUGUCGGAAUUGUUGGGUUAGCUGUGGGGAUGGUUCAUUAGGGGAGCCACCUCGGCGUGGAGAAGGUCAAUGUGGAAAUAUGAGGCUUCUUUUAAGGCAACAACAGAGGAUUCUCUUGGCAAAGUCUGAUGUUGCAGGAUGGGGAGCCUUCUUGAAAAAUCCAGUUAACAAAAAUGAUUACCUAGGAGAGUACACAGGAGAACUGAUCUCCCACCGAGAAGCCGAUAAGCGUGGGAAAAUAUAUGAUCGUGCAAACUCGUCUUUCCUUUUUGACUUGAAUGAUCAGUACGUUCUUGAUGCUUAUCGCAAAGGGGAUAAGUUAAAAUUUGCCAAUCACUCAUCAAACCCUAACUGCUAUGCAAAGGUAAUGCUGGUUGCUGGAGAUCACCGAGUAGGAAUUUUUGCCAAGGAACACAUCGAUGCUAGUGAGGAGCUCUUCUAUGAUUAUCGUUAUGGUCCAGAUCAAGCACCACCAUGGGCACGUAAACCUGAGGGUUCUAAGAGAGACGACUCAACAGCCCCUCAAGGCAGAGCAAAGAAACACCAGUCUCAUUGAUAAGCCUGGACCAAGGUCCAGCACAUACAAAUUUUUGGCUUCGACCAUAUAUUUUCUACAUAUACAAAUUUGUGACAUCCAAUAGGAUAGAUUCAAGAUCAACUGUCACAGAAGGAAUCUAAUAAUUGGUUUGCUGAUGCUAAUAUGCCUCAAAUUAUGGAUAUGACAGCUAAGCAAUAAAAUGGGCAAUAGAUGAAGGCAUGAAGCAAAUUAAUGUUGAGAGCAACAAUCUAGAAAGUAGCCUAGCAGAUUUGGGUUCAGAAGUAAUAGAAUUUUGGAUUCGAGUCACGACAUUUCUGCGAGCUUGUUCUUCAAACUUGGUUUUGCUCUUCAUUACGUGAGUCAUCCAAGUUAUAAAUAAGUGCUAUGAUUUGUGAAAUGAAAAAGAAAUUCAAGAUUUUAAGCUGUGGUAGACGUGGAAUAUAGUAUUGUCAUUUGAUUGAAGGUUAUAUAUUAUUAUUAUUAGAGGAA